CGCGGGCACAGGCCGGCCCGGGGCCGCGGGGCCGGGGCUGAGCCAGCCGGGCUGAGCCAGCCGGGCUCUGCCACAGCUCACCCGGCCGAGCCCCGGGGCAAGGAUGAGCGCCGGCACCGGCUCCAGCUGACGGGUCUGAGGGCACUGACCGUCCCCGCACACACCUGCGGCAUGGCUCUGCUGCUCGCCUGGGCGUGUGUGGCUGUGAGCGUGGGGACGGCGCUGGGGGACCAGGGCGACGGGGCGGACCUCUACUCGGAAAACAUCACUCGGAUCCUCGACAAGUUGUUGGACGGCUACGACAACAGGCUCCGACCGGGAUUUGGAGGCGCCGUGACAGAAGUCAAGACGGACAUCUACGUGACCAGCUUCGGGCCGGUGUCCGACGUGGAGAUGGAAUACACAAUGGAUGUCUUCUUUCGUCAGACGUGGACUGAUGAGAGGCUGAAGUUUAGUGGGCCAACAGAAAUUUUGAGACUGAACAAUUUAAUGGUCAGUAAAAUUUGGACACCAGACACAUUUUUUAGAAAUGGAAAAAAAUCAAUUGCUCACAAUAUGACAACUCCUAACAAACUUUUCAGAAUUAUGCAGAAUGGAACUAUUCUUUACACUAUGAGACUAACCAUUAAUGCUGACUGUCCUAUGCGCUUGGUGAACUUCCCAAUGGAUGGACAUGCUUGUCCACUGAAAUUUGGAAGCUAUGCUUAUCCAAAAAGUGAAAUAAUUUAUACUUGGAAAAAAGGACCACUGCAUUCAGUAGAAGUACCACAGGAAUCUUCCAGUCUUCUCCAGUAUGACCUCAUAGGACAAACUGUAUCUAGUGAAACAAUUAAAUCUAACACAGGUGAAUAUGUAAUCAUGACAGUUUAUUUCCACUUGCAAAGGAAGAUGGGCUACUUCAUGAUACAGAUAUACACUCCUUGCAUUAUGACAGUCAUUCUUUCUCAGGUGUCUUUCUGGAUUAACAAGGAGUCUGUUCCAGCCAGGACAGUUUUUGGCGAAUAUUCACUCCAGCUGCUCUAUUUCCAUCUGCAAAGGAAAAUAGGCUACUAUCUCAUUCAGACAUACAUUCCAUGCAUCAUGACUGUCGUCUUGUCUCAAGUUGUGUUUUGGAUUAACAAAGAAUCUGUUCCAGCAAGAACUGUGGCUGGAAUCACCACAGUCCUCACAAUGACCACUCUAAGCAUCAGCGCUCGCCAUUCUCUGCCCAAGGUGUCCUAUGCCACCGCCAUGGACUGGUUCAUAGCCGUGUGCUUUGCCUUUGUCUUCUCUGCACUUAUUGAGUUUGCAGCUGUCAACUACUUCACCAAUCUCCAGGCUCAGAGAGCAAUGAGGAAGGCAGCCAGGGCAGCAGCACUGGCAGCAGCACUAUCAGCAGCAACUGUACCGGCAGAGGACGAGAUUGUCUCGCAUUCUGACUCCAACUCUAACCUGAAGAAGCGAGUGAACUCCGUAGCAUCUCAGACAGAGCAGUCUCCUGAAGCCAGCAUAAUAUCAAACACUGCAUCCCAGUGUCAGCCUCUGCCUGCUCCUCCACCAGCCCCACCACAGCCACCAGCUAUUGGAGGUGCAAGUAAAAUAGACCAGUAUUCCAGGAUCCUCUUUCCAGUGGCAUUUGCAGGAUUCAACCUGGUGUACUGGGUUGUUUAUCUUUCAAAAGACACUAUGGAAUUUUUUGAACCUUCGGCGAUGCAUUUUCGAAAUGAACCUCAGUCCAACUGAAGAACCGCUCGGGAUUUCAAGCAAAUCACUCAAGGUCACAGAGGAUUGAAGAGACUUCAAAGGAUUUGUCUGUCCACAGGUGAUCUCAGUUUUCAAACAGGGAAUAUUUUUAUUAGCCGUUACCUGGAUGCAAACUCUGGACAAAUCAAGAGCUGCAAACUUCUUAGCAAUCUAAUUAAUAUUUUCUUAAGAUUUCUUACAGUGAUUCUACUACAGAAGUUCUUGUAAAUUAUUUAAUUGUCAAAGGAAAGAAUGUUCAUUUCUUCUAAAACAUUUGUAAACAAUUGAACAUUUACAUUUAUAUGAAACAUCAAUAAAAGGGUUUGGGUUUUUUUUAAUAGAAUAGGGAUUGCUAAACUCAGCUGAUUCUGAAGUGGUAUAACUUGGCAUAAUUUCAGUGAAAAUCUAGGAGUUGUACUGAUUUCCAGCACCUGAAUGGACCCAAAACAAUGUUGAAUAGAAAUCCUAUGAAAAGGAGCUGUAGUUCCAUCAUGUUUUAACUCUUUCAUACAAAAGAGAUUUGUUAUUAACUAUUUUUAAUUUAAUUUUCAUCUUUGAGAUGACACUUAUAAAGAAUGAGACACAAGGAAAAAAAAGGAAACAUAAGCUAUUUUUUGUGUGCUUUAGCUGGUUGGUUACCACAGCAUAACUUUCCUUGUUGAAAGUCACCAUUGAAAUACAACCAGACUAAUAACAAGCAAUUUCUUGUCAGGGUCUAGAAAUGGAGGACUGGAACUUCAGGGAGUUUUCAAGGUUUAAAGUUGAAUAGACAGAAAGAUGCAGCUGAAGUGUCCAGCUCCAGGGAACUUCCUGGACGCAGGCCUUGCUUACUAGUUAAGGAACUGCUUUUUGCCAGCUGAUUCUACUGAAUUGCCUGUAGCAAACUCCCUAGAAAUGUUUUCUAGAGCCAAAGAACUGCCAGCACAUUCAGAGUUUAAAGGUAAUAAUAUUUUGCCACUCUCAACACAGUUACAGAAUUCCUUAAUUCACCCUUCAUCCCCAUGAUGCUUCUCAGGAAUGUAAUUAGGAAACAUAUGCCUGAUCAAACCAAACACUAGACCAAAUUAUUACAGGUGUAAAGGACACUGGGAGGAGUCAAAAGCACUCCAAGAAGUUAUAUGAAGCUAAAUAAAAAUUAAGGAUUCCAUCCUAUCUUGAAACUUCAGUACAAUAAAAUUAACCAGAAACAUGAAAUAAUGCACAAGUUCAGGACAUUCAGGGUCAUUUGCUUUGUCUACACAAACAUCUUAAUUCCUGUGAGAAAAUACUUACAGGCUGACUAAUUGAUACCAGUAAGUCAUCAACUCUUUUAUUGCUACUAUAACCAUUUGAACUGUUUGAAGGCCUUGCUCCAGCUGUUUUCCUCCUCCCAUUUCUAGAGCUUUUACUAGUGUGGUAGCUGGAGUGAUCAUGGGAAUCCUUUUUGCACACCCUGUUCUCUAACUCUGAAGGGCUUAAAUGGAGCAAUUUAAGGGUUCUGCUCAAUAAUAAAUAUUGUUUGUACAGAAA